AGACGAAUAUCUAAAUGUGCGAAUUAACUAGGAUGAAGAGAAUUUUGAGUUAAACAACAUGUUAAAUAUUGUCGUUGAAAAUAAGUAAUUAAGUAAAGUUUUUCUUCUCGUGAAAACCUAUUCCUUUUUUUAAUUAUUUCAGUUCGACGAGUCUCAAUUCUCAAUCUUUCGUGGCUGUUGCUCGGAAAGUCUAUUUUAAUUUUGAAUCAAACAUAAACUUCCCAACAGACUGAGGAAAAUGACUGUGUGAUGUCAAGACAUAUCCUCUCUUGUCGACGUUUCAUAUGCCUGAUGGCAGAAAGUUUCAUUGAGUUGAUCGUGAGUGGAUCCUUAAGAAUGUUUCAAGUGGCUAAAACACAAUUACUCAGAUCUGCCAAGAAAUUUUUGUUGUUUUCCUAGGUUCAUAUGCAGUAGGAACACAUUAUUUCCUCUAGGAAUAAAUAGAUUUGACGAAGCUCACUGAUAUAUGAUAUCACCUAGUCUCCUAUACCAAUAACAAUCCAUUGUUUUUAUUGACACUUUUUCAAUUUCUUAUUUGUAACGAACUUUUAGUUUUAUUUCCAUUUUUCAUUUAGCACCUGAAGAAGGUUUGUUUUCAAACCGAAAUAUUGGGCAAUUUGCUUUAAUGUAUAUUUUUUUGUUUUAUUCUUUUGUUUACUUCUUCAUCGCCUUGCCGUAAACCGAUCAGUUUGCCGUUUCAUAUUUUUCAUAUGCAGUAGAACUCGGCGGAUACAUACCACGAGCUCCCUGCUAAUUCCAAGAAAAUGUGAUUUUUUCAAUGGGCCCUUUUCAGAUGGUCGGUCACGUGGUCCAAAACCGCCAUGACGGAACGCAAGAAAUGUUUGUCUCAAUUGUCUGUUCGGUAACAGUGCGUUUCUUGCGUUCCAGCAUGGUGGUUUGUGCCACGUGACCGACCAUCUGAAAAUUGCCUUUUGAGAGGAGAAGUCGUUACGUCACGUUGCCAUGGUGGCAAAGUUUCUGCAUGAUAACAAACUGAAAGCGUCACUUAAAAAGUGAAUUCGCACUGUUUCAAACUUCAUGGAUCUUAUUCAAUUUCAUUUUUAAAUUUGUCAAAUGUUGUCUAAAUUUUCUGGGGUUGAAUCCGAAAGGACUGCAUCUACAGUACUGUGUAAAAGAAAUGAGAGCGAACUUCACAAACUGCGAACCUUCGUUUCAGACGAAAAUUCGGCGAAAUUUCGGCGCAUCUAUUGGGCUAGUCCCUGCGAAAUUUCGGAAGCUAGGUGAUGAACCGAAAGGAAAGUUCGCAGCAUGAACCGAAAUUUCGUUGCGAAAUUUCGAGAAAGGUUCACGAAAUUUCGCGUCCUUCACGAAAUUUCGGCUCGUUUAAAUGAUAUUUCUGUUCGACGAAGCGAAAUUUCGUGUGAGCGAAACGAAAUUUCGUUAUUGAAAAAAAUUCUUAACUGACCAGGGCGCGGUUGUUUAAAGCAGGAUUAAGAUAACCCAGGAUUAGAGCGGAAUUUGAUUUCAAUUGUGAACGCUUAAAAAGCAGAAUGAGAUUCAUAUGGAUUCUUUUUGCCUACCAUUUGAUAUUUGGACGCUCUAAAUUACAAGUGGAAACAAGCAUAAAAAGCGCUGUUGAGCAAAAGAAACAGGAACUCGGAUUAAGCUACUAACUAUAAAUUGCAUACUAUCUUAGCGAUCGUUGUCGCAAACGGAUCGCUACGAUAAUUGAACGGUUGCUUCCAAUCAAUCCGUUUUUCAACGAUCCUACCGAUCGUAUCAAUCUUACUGAAACGAGACCUUAAAUGUACAUGCACCAGUAACAACAUGAACCUCAGUAAGCAGAAAAUCUGCUGAAGAAAAUUUGAGACGUCGGAAUGACAGUACUGCUACUGCUGCGAGUUAUUUUCGCAGGUUAUUUACCUAAUCAAACGUCAAUCACUAAUGGAAAUGUCAUAUUAACGGAAAUUAUCCAUUGUUCAUUUUAUUACGAAACAAUGUUUUUAACUUAAGCUUCGGAAGCGUGGAAUACGAGUCGCCGACACGAAGGAAGGGAAUUGAAGCGCAAACUUGUGAAAUUUUAUUGCUGAGAUUAUUUAAAUCGCAAGGCUUUGCUUUUUGUAACACAUGUGUCAUUUCAAAGUGAGAUCAAGGCUAUGAUCGAGUCUUACCUGUAAGCUUUAAAAUUUUGCUUUUAUGAAUAGACUUAGCGUUAAGAGAGAAGGAAUGCGGGAAAAAAUAAAUUGUCAGGAAUCUAUUUAUUAGCUCAGUUACGCUGAAAUUGGAGAAAUUGCUUAACUGCAGGUCGAACGAUGGUUUUGGCUAAAAGUGAGCAUAUGAAAAUUUCCUUAAUUCGAGUUUUUAGCUGUAAAUCUUCUGGGAGCGUUUCUUUGCUGAGACGUUUCUGAUGAUUGCAGUAAAUAGAAAGAAGUUAAAUGCGGUCUAUAGCGCCUUUCCUUCAAGUAACUUGAGUCUAAAAGACCAGAUAAGUUUUAUUACGGAACAUUAACUUGGUCGUCCGUGUUGUGGGCAAAUAGUGGUACUGAUCUUUUUCGAACCGGAUUUGUGUGUUUCCCUGGUAAAGUUUUAGAGAGAGCUUAACUGUUUGUUAGGCUAUAAAAUGCGAGGCAGAUCGUUAUCAACUAGUGUAGUGAUCUUAUGAAAUUUGGCGCAAAGAGCACUGUGAUGAAUCAUCCCGGCAAUCGAAGUGGUCGAACGUAGCGAGCCAACAGUGUAGCGAUUCAAAGCAACGCAGGGUUGAGUGAGAAUCAGAAUCAGUCUGUUUACAUCAUAAACCGUAUCAGCGAAAUUUCGCAAGGGCGAAUUUUCGCUCCUGCCAAAUUUCGUGGUCUUUCAACGAAAGUUUGCGGGUGUUCGUGCAAAAUUUCGUUGCGAAAUUUCGGCAAAGUUUCGCGAGAACAAUUAAAGGACGAAAUUCGGCGAACUUCGAUCUCGGUACUUUUGCACAAUACUGAAAGGACUGCAUCUAAGUUUACAUGUAGAAAAAGAAAAGAAAAUUUUUCUUUUGUGUUCACUUACCCCAUAAACUCUGCGGGUGAAAUUAGGCAUUUUCAUGUAACCUUAUGUCGCUGUAGUGCAUUGACAGCUGAGAAAUGUACAAUGAAAAGGCGUGAUACACUCGCAAAAUUGUUGUUUUGCUUAUAGGUGGUUUUCAUGCAAUCUCGGGAGACACAAAUAACAAUGGUGAAAUGAACAAAUGCUGGUGGACAAACAAAGCGAGCUAAUGAGGGAUCUUUUGUUUACCGUCCACCAGCAUGGCGGCGAUGACGUAACUUGAAAACCACCUAUAUAAACUAAAUGCUUGUUUUCCGUUAUCGUUGCUGUCGCGGUCGGCGUUCCUUAAGCUCCCUUUUCUUUGUUUUUACUCACGUGGCCAGCAUCUAUGCAAAUUUAUCGGAACAAAAGAAAUCGUUUACAUAAGAAAAGAGUUCAACUCCCACAGGACUGGUUUGGGACACAAACAUGGCCGCCGUUUCAUUGUUUUGGGCACAAAAAAUAUGGCCGUCAUGACGUCAUGUGAAAACACACAAUUGUUGUGAUCCAGAAGUUUUCCUACCCUGGUUACGUGAAGUUGCGCUUCUUCUCCCUAUUGGCCCAAUUUUUUUUAUUUAUGAAUUUUAGAUUUAUUUACAGUCAGCUUCCUUAAACUCAAUAGCUAGAACUCAACCUUAACUCUUCUCUUCCUCCUCCACAACCCCUACACCCUCAAGUUUAACCCCGUAGAUAAAUAAAACAACAUUUACAGUAACGUUCAUUUUAAUUCUGACUAAAAUUUCCAAACAAAACGAUCCUAUCGAAACUACCUUAUAAAAUAAAACUGGAACGACACGGGUCGGGCGGACAUCUUGGGUGGAAGUUCGAAGAGCGAAUACGCUUCGUUUUCUGUUCAUAACCAUAUCACAGAGUUGUUAAAAACAAUAAAUACCUUCUCUUUUCAUGCAGUCAACGGAGGUUACUCUGACUGGGGACCGUACUCACAAUGUUCAAAGACUUGUGGACGUGGUAAACAAACAAAAACCAGAACUUGCACCAAUCCCCCACCACAGCACGGUGGUAAUAAUUGCAGUAGCCUGGGACCAUCUAUGUCUUCAAGGGACUGCAACAACUUCCAAUGUAAAAGUAAGAAAGGUUUUUUUAUGGCGCCAACCUAUAUUUAGCUAGCUAAAAGCUAAAUCAACGGUCAGCCCAUGACUGAUAUUUUUAGAUGCUGCUGAAUCAGAAACAGCUCACAGAACUCACGUAGCUAUAUAGGCGUUUAUAUCUAACUGCGGCGACCAGAGGAGUCCGCAAUCCUAAUCUGGAAGCUGCUAUUACGCGUGUCAAAUUUCGCUUGGACUUCCUCUAAGAAUGGAUAGAAUAAUAUAAAGCAAUCAGAUAAUGAGCGUUUUGACUUUCGAUCAGCUGAAAUUUACGCAAAGCAAAUAAUGCCCUAAAUAAAAAAUAAUAAUAAUUACUCUUUUGGUUGCUUGUAAUUCAGAUUUUGUCUUUGCUAAUGUAAUACUGAACUAUCAUGCGAGUGGAGAUUUCUUUCUCGCAUGGCUAUAAGCAUUUGUACAGUCGUUCGUGUAAACAAACCAACUAUGCAACUGACAAGCCACGCGAAAGCUAUGCUUGUGACGAAAGCUAACACGUGCUGAAAAGAGUCGUCAACGCCACAGUGCAGCUUAGCACGCGCAACUGACAACACACUCGUCGGCUCCACUAUCUGUUAAAUAUAAAUGUUUUUGUCCGUUUAGUAUGUUAGGUAACAAAUUUAAGUGGCUCAACUUGUACUGGUGAGUUGUGGAUUUACUUACUAAGCAAUUGAAGAAUUUAUUAUUAGCUAAUUUCUUAGACGGCGCUUCUAAUUGGACGGCUAAAAAACCCCAGCUUAGUUCUAAACAAAUAAGGGGGGACUUAGACGCUUCAAAGUUACAUGCUUCUGGUUUUCUUAAUCCCUGUUCUGCUUUUUACAUUGUAAAUACAUAAGAAAGAGUUUGCAGGCCGCUACGAGACUACGCGCGACAAAUUCAUAUACAUGUACAACAGCUUCCCGAGGAAUAAGCACCUUGUAGAUCCAUAGAGACUCGCACACAUAGAGCUUGCGUUUGAUUUACAGGAAGCUCUCGGCAAGAAGGGGUUAACUGAUUUUAUCUUUUGAGGUAGAUUACACCGAAUGUUUAAACAUGUCUAAAUUUUACGUGGCCUUACCAACCCAUUUAAAAAAACACAGCUUCAAACACAGUGGAGAGAAAGAUCCUACCUGCAUCACAGUAACCCACUAUACAUAUUUAUUUUUAUUAAUGACAGAACCUUGGAAGCCCGUGGGAUGUUACCAAAACAGAGGAAGAGCUCUUGGUGACAUUCUAUUAGGAGUUGCAGGCAAUGCUACAAUGAUUUCGAAAUUGGACGCAUGCAAGAAGAAAGCUGCUUCAAAAGCUGUCGCCUUGUUCGGUUUAGAUGACAAAAAAUGCUGGACUGGGCAAAAUGCUAUUAAUUCCUUUUACAAAUAUGGGACAUCCGCUCAAUGCAGUUAUAGCAAUAACCACGAGGUAGCAAUCGGCAGCUUUGUAUCAGAAUCAAUUUACGUCUACCUAAUGAGUAAGAAAGGUAAAUACUAGAAAGGAGUUGGUGUAAAUCAAUCAUUGCUGAAAAAUACGUUCAAACUUAAAUUUCAGUGACAAAUGUCUCCAACGAGUCACUGUGAACUGUCAUAGUAGUCUGGUUUAUUGAAAUUUUUUUAAAAUAGUUGUUCUGCUCUUAUACCAACCCUUAUCUGUAACGUCAACACGAAUAUUUAUAAAAGUUAAACAAUUCGCUUCAUUUACCCUAACAACAAUUGUAGUAAGGGGGAAAAUAUUUAAGUUUAUAUCAAUGUCAACGAAAAUAAAAUAACAGCAACGAGCUUUAUUUGCAUGAUCAUACAAGUACAUACAAUAUUGCAAAAGCUAUAUCAAGAAAAAGAACUAAAAUUACAUCAUAAGAGUCCAUCAGUUCAUUGAUCAAAUCAUUUACAGUUAACUGGGUAAUAUUUGGAAUCAGAGUCUUGAUUUUGUUGUAAAAAUCAUUCCUAAUCAUAGGGUAUGUAAUGCAACGAAAAAGAAAGUGAACGUCCUCUUCUAUUAGAUUGGAUCCACAAAGAGGGAAAUGCCUAUUAUCUCUAGUAUUUUGGUUGUAUCUACCUAUUUCUAACAGUAGUUUGUGAUUGCCUAUUCGUAGUUUUACUAAAGCCCUCUCCCAGCAGUUCCUCUUGUUAAGUCUAGAUAGUUAGAGAUGGUAAGAUAUAAAAUACAAAAUACCAAUUGUAGUCCGACGGAAAAACAACCCAACCCUCUACCAAAGGCAACCUCUCUACUAUGGCCCAGUUCUUUCACCAAUUGGACAAUCAAUAUAUUCACUCCUGCCUUAACGUUUCCACAAUCGUCUCUCUUCCUCAACCGUAACGGCAACUCAAGUGCCGCCCCACCCUAAAUCCCAACCACCCCCCCCCCCCCCCCCAAAAAAUGCAAAAACGCGAACCAUGUACAAACUGAUCUAUCUACUGAACCUUCCCGAUUUGUUUUAUGAAUAUCCUUCUUCAUGUUUUAUGAUGUUUUUAGAUUUCUUCGCAAAAUAUGUGCCGUAAUGAGCAUUAAGACGGAAUCCACUAGGAGAUUGAGUAAUUUUAAUUUUCAGUGGACAAAAACCUUGUACCAGAAUAAUUUAAAGAAUAUGACAUUCUUCUUUACAUUUUUCAAGAGCUAAAGAUGUAACUAGUCAUCUGUAAUAACACCAAAGAAAACUUCUCAUGGAGUCCGAGAAAACGAAAUUUCAAAUUUCACAAGAAUAGUAAAACACAGGUAAAAUUCUGAAAAAUUAUUAUGUAAGAUGUAAUUUUGUGAAAUUUGACAUUAAUUUUCUCGGGCUGCCAUAAGAAAUUUUCUUUGGUGUUACUAUAGAUCACUAAUCACAUAUUUAGCCCUUGAAAAAUGCAAAAAAGAAUGCAAUAUGCAUUAAAUUAUUCUGGUACAAGGUUUUUGUCCACUGAAAAUUAAGAUUACUCAAUUUCCUGGCGGAUUCCGUCUUAAUUCAAGUUAAACUUUAAAACCUUUUCCUAAAUAAGACGUGUCAGAUUCCCAUUUUUUACCCUUGGGGAAGAGCAGUAAGACGAUGCCGUCGGCUCGUUGAAAGAACUAAGGAUGAAUUCAUGAACUCUUUUUUAGGCGAUUUGGAGCAACUUGGUUGCUAUAGCAACAAAUCUCCCACCUACGCCUUACCGGAUUCAUUUGAUGACAACGUCAGCAGUGUGUCUGGCGCAGAUGCCAUUUUUAACUACUGCAAGACGAAAGCUGAAUCCUCUGGCUACAAGAUAUUUGGAGUAGACGACAAGAACUGCUGGUCGGACAACAUGAAGGAUUACCGUUAUGACAAAUACGGCAAAUCUAAGCAGCUAUGCUUAUUUAGCAAUGCUGGAACAGGUAAUGCGCAUGGCCAACACAAAUACGGAAACGUGUUUGUCUACAAAAUGGAAUGAGGUAAGGUUGUGUUCGUUAAUUCAACGUUAAGGCAAAGACAAUUUUUUGGCGGUUUCAUGUUGUUGUCAAAUGAAGAAACCUGAUUGGCUCUCUUGCCUUGGUUAUCGAAAAACCCUAGCUAUUUAGCACGUUAAAUGUCAUGGACAGGUUCUUCCUUCUUUUUGACGUAACCAUGGAUAUUUCCCAUAAUAAAUUUAUCUCGGGAAAGUACCGUCACACGCACCAAGCCAAUUUACCGCAGUAAAAGAAUCAUUUACCUCGGUAAAAGCGUCCUGUGUAACCAUAUCUCAUAUUUCCAACAACGCGUCCUGUGUAACCAUAUCUCAUAUUUCCAACAACGCGGUUUUUUAAGAGAAAUAUACCCACGAGAAAUAACAAAAUCUCAGCUCAAGUCCCCUAAUCGUACUCCUCAAAGAUAAUUAGACAUUCUUACUUUUAAGGUUAGGGAGAAAAAGACGAUGUCAUUUUUUUUUUUUUCUUACGCUCUGAAGUAGUGAACCAUGUAAUGUGGGAAAACUGUUUGAAAGCAGAGGUCCACGCAAGGCAUAAAUAAUAAUACUAGUAGUAAUGUGAUAGUAAUUAUAAUAUUGUGAUAAUAAUAGUAAUGUGAUUAUAUGUUUCGCGCCCACUCGUUCUACCUUUACAUUUUUUCUUGUAGGAAGAAGUUCCCGGGUGGAACGGAGACGUAUUAUAAAAGAAACCAAGAAAUAAUAUGAAAUAGGAUG